AUGGAUUGGGUAGAAAUUAAAACUGUCCGUCAGUUUCUGGAUACAAUUCUGUCAGGAAGAUGUGAAAUGUUAACAUUUUACGGUAUCGAGAUCAGUUGUGAGUUUUUGACAGAGUUGAUGGAUAAAAUAUCAUUGGAUAAGAGAAUAAUAAUCGAUGCUCAUAUUCCUUCGGAUUUUAGACAUCCUAAUGCUCUCAAAUUCUCUGGCUCACAAUAUAAAAACGGACGGUGGAUUACAUUGAAUGACCUGAAAUCGGUUAGAAACGUCCAUUAUGUAUAUUUAGCUAGCACUAUUUUCAACUGUAAUGAUAUCAACCAAUUCCUUCACUAUUGGACGAACUGUGAUGAGAAUAUGUUUGAAAACAUGGAAUUGCAGUUGGAUGAUAGUGUGGAAAUUGAUGUGGAUGUUCUGAAGAAUGAGUUGAUUACAUUGCAAAUUGUUGAUGAAACUGUUGAAGCGUGUUUCUAUAUAAAAGUCAAGAACCAUCACAAUCGCCGUUUUGUUUUAUGUCGCUUGAAAAUCUGUAAAAACAAGAGAGCCAAAUUCACAGUUCAAGAAGCGGAUGAUCAGCAAGCGAAUAAAUUCGAAAUACUCGAAUUACUUGAGAAGACGAAGAAUCUGGAAGAGAAGAACGAAGGUUCGGAGAUUUCGGAGGCGAGUAGAAGAAAGAUUGCAAUGGACAUCGAGGAAUUGAUGUGUCUUAUAAUCAAGAAAAACAAAAACAGAUACAUUUUCGAAUGUUGA